AGAAAAUGCUCUGUAGAGAUUAUUAAGUAAUAUUUGGUUGCGAUGAUGUCGAUCUAUUCGACCAGAGCAUCAAUCAAAGUUUGUCCCGGUGAGCACGUUGCAGAAGGGGAAUGGAUUGGAUCCAGGUUAGGUGAAACUGCAGCAUUGGGAGAAUUGAUACUCCCAGGGUGUGGCCAUCUGUCAGCCGGUGUCAUUCACGACAUGGUUUUUGAAGAGCUCGAGGUUUAGUUGUUGCAACUUCCUCCGCAGGCUUCAUCUUCCAGGUACAUGUCGGGUCCAGUAACGCUGGGAUGAAUAUGCCUCGAGCGCGUGUAAUUUCGGACGAAAAAGUUUCCUUUUUCUCUGGUGCCGAAGCUUUCCAGCAGGAGACCGGGUGGAUGGUCACGGGCCGAAUUGGGUGCCAGCAUGUAUCGUGGACAGAUAACCCAAGAGAACCUGGUGCAAUUCCGUGUCUUGAGGGCAAGCCGGACGUGGAGCGCUUGUUUCGAUUGAUGCAGGCUAUUUUUCAGUCAUGUUGAAUUGCUCGGUUUACUAAUUUCGAUGGUGGAUCCUUCCAUGACAUUUGAUUGAGUAGUUUAGACUAUCAGGAGUGGAGAACGGUGCGAGUGCUUGCAAGUGGAGAGACAGAGAGACAGAGAGAUAGGAAGGGAGAGGCUAAUUACACAUGCUUGAUGAAAACUUCGACGUCGACGAGAAAAGCGGAUAGGUGCGGAUUCCUGGGGAUUUGCGGUGUGAAAUCACUCGUCGCUGAGGGACGUAAGAAUGAGGGAUCCGGAACCGGUGUUUGCAGUGAUGGGCAGAAGGGUAGGCAUCGGAUUCCGAUAGAGGAGAAGAUGAAGUGGGUAAGAGGGCAUCUGGUGAUUACCGUGAAUGGAAUUAUUGGCAGUCCUACGGAUUGGAAGUUCGCAUCGAGAGAGUUUGCACUCAAACGCCAUAAUGUUCUCUUACAUUGUAGCGGAUCUAAUGCUUCUUGGGAUACGUUUCAUGGUGUGGACACCAUGGGCCGCCGCCUCGCCGAUGAGGUCGAAAGGAUAAGCAAGGACAGGAAAGGUUUAACGAAAAUCUCCUUCAUUGCGCAUUCUCUCGGAGGCUUGGUCGCGCGCUACGCCAUCGCUGUGCUUUACAAACCAGGUGAACCUGGGAGCGAUCAUCCGAACCCGACGAUUGCAGGAUUGGAACCAGUCAAUUUCAUCACAGUGGCCACACCGCAUCUAGGAUCGAGGGGCAAUGAGAACCUUCCUUUGCUCAUGGGCCUUUCGGUCCUUGAAAAGCUUGCAAUUCUCAUUGCACACUGGAUCGUUGGGGUCACAGGAAGGCACUUGUAUAUGACAGACGGAAAUCCGAAGAAAGGUGAGAAGCCUUUGCUUGUGCAGAUGGUGACGGACAAACCGCUUCCGUUCUCUUCAAGCCUGGCGGCCUUCAAGAACAGAACAGCAUACGCAAACGUGUCAUCCGACCAUGCCGUGGGGUGGCGCACCGCCUCGAUACGGAGGAAAUCCGAACUGCCUGUCAUUAAUCUCGAGCCUGUUGAUGUUAAAUAUCCGCAUAUUGUCAGGGAUGAAUGCGAGGAUCCGGACCCCACAAAAGCGCCGGCCUCAGAUCCCGUCGAAGAGGAGAUAGUGGCAGGGCUCAAUAAGCACAGGUGGCGGAGAGUAGAUGUCAGUUUCAAGGGAUCCAAACCUUUAUGGGCGUCCACACACACUCUUAUUCAGGUGAAGGAUGAGAAAACUCAAAAAGUGGGCAAAGACGUGAUCGACCAUAUCAUCGAUAAGCAUUUUGCGGACGAAGACUCUGCCGAUUCCCUGCAGAAAUUAGGUCCCAGCGGGGGAGAAGACGUCGGUGAUUCUGUCCAGGCGAUCGAAGUCGUGCAAGAUUGAUUCUUGCCCGAAGGCUCGGAAUGAUGGAUUCCGAGCAUUUCUCGAGCUGCGUUGUGUUUCUUGUGGGCCUGUCUCGAGGUGAAAGGCGAACAUCUGCCCAACAGUAGUUUAUCGUCAAGGCAUUCAUCAACCGAGGAGCUCCCAUUUGCACAGCUUGUCAAGCGCGAGCAGUUGGAGCCUCCGUCGUGAGAGCGGGGAAGGUGACAGCAGACUCAAGAAUCAUCACGAUCUCGCGGACAACAAUGGAACGCUGGCAGAAGAUGGAAAUUGCAGAGAUAGCAGUGGACAAGCCUACAACGCACCGCAAUAGGUGAAACAAAAUUCUGUAUUCUAGAUUGACGCCUCACGCACAAGUACGCGCAACAUAGUGAAAGGAUUUGUAUGCUUUAGAGUUGUUGCGGUUUGUUAGAAUAUAGGUAGAGAUCAACACAUGCAAAGGUAGAGAUUAAUGUCGCGUACGAGUACGUUGCAUUUAAAGAGAACAUGGUCGAAUUGACCGGGGGUGAAAAAGAAGUUUCGUCUGGUGAAUCAGACGGCAAAUGAUCCACUUCUCUUCUUUUUCUGCACUCACUUUCUUCUGAGCUUUUCUUCUGUAUUACUUGCUUUGAGAGUUCAGCUCAUGAUAGGAGCCCUCUUUCGGUGUGUCCGCCGCAAAAUAUGACUAUGAUUUCCAGGAAGCAAUGAUAUGAAUGUAUAAGAGGCCAUGUGAAGUUCCAUGCUGCAAUCAGACAGGUUUUGUAGUCACCUGCGUGGUGACAAGUCCGUUCACAUGAAGCCUACGUAGGUGAAGUGACUGAGGUUAAAUAUCAAAGUAGUCUGUCUUCCAUUUCUGGUUUCGUCUAGGUAUUUUUACCUUCAUGGAACUGUACUAUCAUAGUUCGUGCGAAAAAGCCCAAUAUACUUUGAAUUCCACUGUCUGCACUCAAUCUUAGUAAAGAUGGUCAUGUCACUCGAAGAGGAGAAUUCGUUCAAUACCAUGACUGGUCAAGUCUUUGC